CUUGUUAAUUAAAUUAAGUAAAGACCACUAACAUCAAUAAAACAAUGGCUGAUUCUAAAAGCGAGGACUUGGCAACUGCUAUUCUUAAACGCAAGGAUCGCCCAAAUCGCUUGAUCGUCGAUGAAGCUACUAACGAUGACAACUCGGUGGUAUCGCUUUCGCAGGCCAAGAUGGACGAACUCCAACUAUUCCGUGGUGACACCGUCAUUCUUAAGGGAAAACGACGCAAGGAAACUGUGUGUAUUGUUCUCUCGGACGAUACAUGUCCCGACAGUAAAAUCCGCAUGAAUCGUGUUGUGCGUAACAACUUGUGUGUUCAUCUUUCCGACGUUGUUUCGAUUCAUCCUUGCCCUGACGUGAAGUAUGGCAAACGGGUUCGUAUUUUGCCGAUAGAUGAUACAACCGAGGGUAUAACAGGAAAUCUUUUCGAAAUUUAUUUGAAACCGUACUUCUUGGAGGCGUAUAGACCAAUUCACAUGGGCGAUAUAUUCAUUGUCCGCGCUGCUUUGCGACCAAUUGAGUUCAAAGUUGUACUGACUGAUCCAGAGCCAUAUUGUAUUGUUGCUCCAGAGACGGUUAUUUUCUGUGAUGGCGAUCCUAUUAAAAGAGAGGAGGAAGAAGAAUCACUUAAUACUGUUGGCUAUGAUGACAUUGGAGGUUGUCGCAAACAACUCGCCCAAAUCAAAGAAAUGGUAGAACUACCACUUCGUCAUCCAUCUCUUUUCAAAGCUAUUGGUGUAAAACCACCAAGAGGAAUUCUUAUGUAUGGUCCUCCAGGUACUGGCAAGACAUUGAUUGCUAGGGCGGUUGCGAAUGAAACAGGUGCCUUCUUCUUUUUGAUCAAUGGCCCCGAAAUCAUGUCGAAAUUGGCUGGAGAGUCUGAAUCAAAUCUUCGGAAAGCCUUUGAAGAAGCUGAAAAAAAUUCGCCAGCUAUUAUCUUCAUCGAUGAAAUCGAUGCUAUUGCUCCCAAGCGAGACAAAACUCAUGGCGAAGUCGAACGUCGUAUUGUUUCUCAAUUGUUAACUUUGAUGGAUGGCAUGAAGAAGAGCUCGCACUUAAUUGUUAUGGCCGCCACUAAUAGACCAAACUCAAUUGAUCCUGCAUUGCGCCGUUUCGGUCGAUUCGAUCGUGAAAUUGAUAUCGGUAUUCCAGAUGCCACUGGCCGUCUUGAAGUUUUGCGCAUUCACACCAAAAACAUGAAAUUAGCCGACGAUGUCGAUUUGGAACAAAUUGCAUCUGAAACUCACGGUCAUGUCGGUGCUGAUUUAGCAUCAUUGUGUUCCGAGGCCGCUAUGCAACAAAUUCGAGAAAAAAUGGAUCUUAUUGAUCUGGAGGACGACAAAAUUGAUGCCGAAGUAUUGGCAUCACUAGCUGUUACUAUGGAGAAUUUCCGUUAUGCCAUGACAAAGUCGAGCCCUUCGGCUUUGCGGGAAACUGUUGUGGAAAUUCCCAAUACAACUUGGAGCGAUAUCGGUGGUUUGGAGAAUGUGAAGAAGGAGUUACAAGAAUUAGUUCAGUAUCCUGUUGAGCAUCCAGACAAAUUCUUAAAGUUCGGUAUGCAACCAAGCCGUGGCGUAUUGUUCUAUGGACCACCUGGUUGUGGUAAAACGUUAUUGGCAAAGGCCAUUGCUAAUGAAUGUCAAGCAAACUUCAUUUCCGUUAAGGGUCCUGAACUACUUACUAUGUGGUUUGGCGAAUCUGAAGCUAAUGUUCGUGACAUUUUUGAUAAAGCUCGUUCAGCUGCACCUUGUGUGCUUUUCUUCGAUGAGCUGGACUCUAUCGCAAAAGCUCGUGGUGGAAAUGUUGGAGAUGCGGGUGGCGCUGCCGACCGCGUAAUUAAUCAGAUUUUAACAGAAAUGGACGGCAUGGGUGCCAAGAAAAAUGUAUUCAUUAUCGGCGCCACUAAUCGCCCAGAUAUAAUAGAUCCAGCUAUUUUACGCCCAGGGCGAUUGGACCAACUUAUUUAUAUUCCACUUCCUGACGACAAAUCUCGCGAAGCCAUCCUUAAAGCUAAUUUGAGAAAGUCGCCUUUGGCAAAGGAUGUUGACCUUUCCUAUAUUGCCAAGGUCACACAAGGUUUUUCCGGUGCUGACUUGACUGAAAUUUGCCAACGUGCUUGUAAAUUGGCCAUUCGUCAGGCUAUUGAAGCAGAAAUUAAGCGCGAAAAGGAACGUGGUGAAAACCAAACAUCGGCUAUGGAUAUGGACGAAGAGGACCCAGUUCCCGAAAUUACCCGUGCCCACUUUGAAGAAGCAAUGAGAUUUGCUCGCCGUUCCGUAUCAGAUAAUGACAUUAGGAAAUAUGAAAUGUUUGCCCAAACUUUACAACAGUCCCGUGGUUUUGGACAAAAUUUCAGAUUCCCAGGAAGUUCCAGUAAUACACAGGGAUCUGGUCCAAAUGCACCAGCGAAUCCACCUGGAGACAAUGGGGAUGAUGAUCUAUACAGUUAGAUUUUUAGUUUUAGUUCUUUUUUAUAAAA